AUGAAAAUCCAUACAUUUCUAUUGUUCAUUUUCAUUCUGAAAUGCACUUGUCAAGAAUUUGAUCCUCCAGAUAACUACCUAAUAGACUGCGGGUCGACAGAAAAUACACAAGUAGAUAAUCGUCUUUUCUUGGCUGAUAACUUGAAUUCUAGCAUUCUGUCAACCCCAGAAAUCAUUUUUGUCAAUACUUCAGAUUCGCCUCCAUCCAUUUAUAAUUCAUCUCUGUACAAAACUGCCAGAAUUUUGAAUGGUUCCUCAAAUUAUACCUUUCCAAUGAAGAAAAGGGAUUGGCACUUGAUUCGUUUGCACUUUUUUUCUUUUGUCAGUGAAAGAGAUCUUUCCAGUGCUAAAUUUUCUGUUUCUGCUCAAAAAUUUACACUCUUAAAGAACUUUCAACCACCACAUGGUCCAGUUGUCAAGGAAUACUCUGUCAAUGUAACUACAGAUAAUCUAGUCCUUACCUUUACUCCUUCUCCUGGUUCGUUUGCAUUUUUGAAUGCUUUGGAAAUCGUUUCACUUCCCGGUGUGGUUAUCCCGGACCACACUCCUGCUGUAAAUUCUCAACAGCCUUCCCCCAGUGUGCAGGCACAAGCACUGGAAACAGUUUGGAGAGUGAAUAUGGGUAAUGAGACUGUGUUCCCUCGGAAUGAUAAAUUAUCGCGUUAUUGGCAGUCUGAUAGUGAGCAUUUGAGCAAUAGUAAUCUUGUUGUGUUCGUGUCAAAUGUUCAGGCUGUAAAUGAGACGAGCGGAUAUAGUGAACUUAUUGCUCCUCGUUCUGUCUAUGGUACUGCCACUAAGCUGCAUUCGCAGCCUGAUCCGGACACUAUAAUUAAUAUGACUUGGUCAUUUGAUGUUGAUCCUGGUUUUGAUUAUGUUGUCCGGUUUCAUUUUUGUGAUAUAGCAGAGCGUAGUCCUGGUCCUCUUAUCUUCAAUGUUUUUCUCAAUUCUGGGGUGGCUGUUAGAGAUCUAGAUCUUAGCAAUAAGACAUCAAAUGUUUCCGGAGCUCCAUAUUAUGUGGAUGCCAUCACUAGAAUAAAUGAUAUACACAAUCUUAGCAUAAGUAUUGGUCCUUCAUAUGUGAAAAAUGCUUAUCCUGAUGGAAUUCUUAAUGGAGUCGAGAUCAUGAAGAUAAGCAAUUCUAAGGGCAGUCUUGAUCCUGCAGAUGCUGAAACCCAGAUUACUAAACCGGCAUCCAAGACUAAAGUGUGGUUGAUUGUGGGGUUGGCAAUUGGAUCAUCGUUGAUUUUCAUUGUUUUGGCAUUUCUUUUUGUUGUGAUGAUCAGACGAAGAAGAAGAAGAAGGGACAACGUGGUUCACUCAGGGGAGGACCAUUCUAUCAUAAUGAAUCAAGAAAGUUUCGAGGAUAGUAAAUAUCCCCAAAUAGGAAAUCAUCAGAGACUAAAGGAAAGGAGUGAAGUGGAGCAGAGUGUGUCCAUUGCACAAUACAGCAUGGGAAGUUUAGGCGACCUUGAGAAUGUUUCAAUGAGCAAGGUUUUCUCAGAAAUGGUGAAGGCUGAAAUCAGUUAA